UCGGCUUUCAGGAUGGGAGGCUAGCAACGGCAACAGGAGGAGGAGGAGGGGGAACACAAAACAUAACUCAGGGAGGUUUUUCUGACUUUUGUACAAUGAAGAAGCGACUGUGAGGUGCUGUUAAGCGCUGUGACAAUGAUCCGGACACUGAGCGGCGCGACUUUUAAGGCUGUUGGGGCAGCGCAGCCCAAACUGCUGAAGGACAUUACAACCAGGCAGCUGCACAGCACAUAUGACGUGGCCGUGGUGGGAGGUGGCAUCGUGGGCCUGGCCGCAGUCAGAGAGCUCAUUCUGCGACACCCGUCGCUCAGCUUCAUCCUGCUGGAGAAAGAAAAGGAGCUCGCUACACACCAGAGUGGGCACAACAGUGGAGUCAUUCACAGCGGGAUCUACUACACUCCGGGGUCACUGAAGGCCCGUCUGUGUGUGCGAGGAGCCACUUUAGCCUACGAGUACUGCGAGAAGAAAGGACUCCCUUACAAGAGAUGUGGAAAGCUUAUCGUGGCUGUGGAGCAGGAGGAGUUACCCAGACUGAAAGCUCUAUACGAGCGUGGCAUGAAGAACAAUGUGCGUGACCUCAGUAUUGUCGACGCCAAGGGAAUCCGAGAGCGAGAGCCAUACUGCAGGGGUAUAAUGGCCUUGGAUUCGCCCUACACUGGCAUUGUGGACUGGAGGAUGGUGGCUCUCAGGUACGGCAAAGAUUUUGAGGAGGCAGGCGGCACGGUUGUAACUGAAUCUGAGGUCAAUGACAUUUCCAUGGUCAAGGAGAGCCCAUCUGGGAGCACUGAAGGAAUGAAAUAUCCAAUCGCAAUCAGAGACAAAAAGGGUAAAGAGGUGCGGUGCCGUUAUGUCCUGACAUGUGGGGGCCUGUACUCAGACCGUCUGUCACAGAUAUCUGGAUGCAGUCGAGAGCCACGGAUCGUCCCCUUCAGAGGAGAUUAUUUGGUCUUGAAGCCAGAGAAACACUAUCUGGUCAAGGGAAAUAUCUACCCUGUGCCUGACCCUCGUUUCCCCUUCCUUGGAGUUCACUUCACCCCGCGGAUGGAUGGAAGUGUUUGGCUUGGCCCCAACGCAGUCCUCGCCUUCAAAAGGGAGGGUUACAAAGUGUACGACUUCAAUGCCCGAGACUUUGCAGAUGCACUCUCAUUCAGGGGCCUUCAGAAGCUGGUAAUGAGGAACAUAACGUAUGGGAUUGGAGAAAUGUAUAGAGGGGUUUUCAUCGGUGCACAGGUUAAAAUCCUGCAGAAGUACAUCCCUGAACUCUCACCGAGUGACGUGCUCAGGGGUCCUGCAGGAGUUCGAGCUCAGGCUCUUGACCGAGAUGGAAACCUUGUGGACGACUUUGUGUUUGACGGCGGGGUCGGGGACAUGGGGAGUCGGGUGCUCCAUGUGCGUAACGCUCCCUCGCCGGCGGCCACGUCCUCCCUCGCCAUUGCUGAAAUGAUCGCAGAUGAGGUGGAGAGUCGCUUCAAGCUGUAAAGAAACAUGGUGAUCGCAGAAGGAAAAAGGGAAAACCGCAAUAGUCCAGCUUGAGGUCGCCAAGUGAAGCUACAAUGUUGUAUCAAGCUGGCACUACCUCAGCGUCACUGUCAUCAUGGAGACAUUUUUAUUAAAGGUCAAGCCUUAAUUUAGGGGGAGAAAGUGACAUAUCUUUGACUUAAUUACAUUUUUAAGUUUUUACUAAAGUGGUGCUGUUUCAGGUUGUGUAAUAUGUUUACUUCACCACAAAAGAAAGUGCAUCAUGAGUAUCUCUUAGUGAAAAUGUUAAGCAUAGAAAAGGAGGUUCAGCUUCAAUAAUAUUAUCACUUAAUACUGAACUUAACCCUUUUGGGAGAUAGACUAUUUUAAACAAGGGAUUUUUAAGAGUGUAAUUCUUGUAUGGAAUUUUGUCUUUUACUUUUUGAUGUGUUGUGUGUUUUUUCUGACUAUAUGAGAGCAGUUUGUCUCUGUCGUUUUGAAUAUUGUAAAGCCUGCUGGUUUCAGUCCAAAAUGCUGCACAACUGUUUUUUGAAACAAAUCCAAAAAGUCCAUUUGACAAAAAAAUAAAAAAAUAAAUAAAAUAUUUCAUAAUUAAAUGUAAAAAGAUGAGUUAGUUUUGUGGCCAACAGUCAGUUUGGGAAAGUUGGGUGUCAUUUAAAAAAAAAGAAGGUGUAUCUCAUUUUGAAAUGAACUCUUCAUGUAACGCACAGUUAUAGCUACAGAGUCACAGAUUACAAAGAGAAACAGGUUGUGCUCAGUUUAUUUGAGUUCUGGGAAUUAGACAGUUUAGGUUGCCAAAAUAAUUUUGACAUUAAAAACAAUUUUAAAUCAUAUCAAGACUAAAUAUUCUAGUCUUAAGUCAUAUUUACAUUAAUGUAAACAGAGAACACUUGUUUUAUCAAUCAUUUGUGUGUGUGUGUGCUGUGAUUUCAUAUAAUUCUGCUAGAACUUGCUCUUCUGACCAGAUAAUGUUCCUAUAAAAAUGCCCCCCCUUGCUUUUAUUUAAUCCCAUUUAUUAAUAAAUGAAUGUAAAAGUAUUUUAUUUUUUACCAUAAAUGCAUAUUUUUGAAUAGCAAAUGUACCAACGUUGUGCCAUAUGAUUUUUAAAUAUCGACUACAUAUUUUUUUGGUAUGUUAACCCGAGGUGCUUUUUAAUAUUGGAAGCAAAGUAAGGAUUUUGGCACAACUUCACCUUCUUUCCAACGUGCAUGGAGAAGGAAAUAUCAAAUACAAAAAGAAGUUUAUUGUGUUUCAAGUUGUUCUUUAUGCUACAAGUUUUGACCUUGUCGUACUUUUUGCAUUUUAGCAAUUUGUCCACAAGGAGGCAGAAUCACAUCAACAAACAUGCUGUAUGAGCCCCAACGUAAGCACAAAAUAUGUCUAAAUUUGAUGCUAUUUCUAAAAACAGCUGUUUUUACUGGGAAUGCUUGUAUAAUGACAUGGAAAUAAAGUGGAUUUUGUUUUUGUGCAUUUACUUGUCUAAUAAAAUGCAUUUAGUAAUUUUUCAA